AUGUCCACUUUUCGCAAAAACAUUCAUCUCAGUACAACAAACGUUUUGAGAGAUUAUAAUUCAACAUAUUUAUGGAAAGAACAACUGCAUGGUAAGAACAUCAAAUAUAAUUAAUUUAAUAUCUUAUUUAAUUCAGGAUUCGAGAAGAAAAAUUUCAAAACUUCCUGUGUGCCAGUUACCGCCUUCAGUUUGAAUUUGAUUGAAAGUUUCUCAGAUAUUGUUAAAGAGGGAGUUGUAUUCGAAAUAAAAGUAUCUGAUUAUGAAACAGAAGAUGUUGAGGUUCGAUGGUUUGCGAAAGUAUUGAAUGUUUGUGGUUAUCGAGUUUUAGCAAGAUAUAUCGGAGCAGAAUCACAAGAAAAAGAAGAUUUUUGGGUAAAUAUUUUGUCGAAUGAGAUUUAUUGUGUUGGAGAUGCAUUGUCAAAAGAUCCAGAUAUGAAAAAGUUUGUAUAUUCACCACCAAUGAAAUUAAAUAUGAAAAAUGAAAGUAAUCUUGAAAAUUAUUUAUCGGUGAGUCAAAUACUUUUUAUUGUUUUUUCACCUUCAAAACUUAUUAUAGAACACAAUGGAUGAAUUGAAAGAUAGCAAAGCACUCGCAAAAACAUACAAUAAAUGCAAAAAGAAUCUAUUUGCAAGUAAAUUUAGUGUUGGAGAACGAAUUGAAUUAUUGAAUUAUAAUGAUUCGCAGCAGUUACGACCAGCAAGAAUUCAAAAUAUUUGUGGACGUAGAUUGAAUGUCUUGGUAUCAAAACAAGAUUUUGAUGGAGAAUGGAAUGAAAGAGAUGAUGAUAGACAAUUACAAAACAAAGGUGCUGAAUAUUGGAUUGAUCAAGAAAGUUUUUUCAUUUUUCCUGUUGGAUGGGCAACUUCGAAUGGUUAUUCAUUAGAUGCUAAAAAAGAAUACAAAAAACAUACAGAGAAAAUUGCUUCACAAAUUGAAAAAGGAGAACAAGCUAAUUAUGCUGAAAAAGAUGUUACUCCACAACAUUUUCAACGUCCAUCGCUCAAUAAAGAUGUUAGUUUUCCCAACAAAACCUUCCGAUUAAUUGCAUAUUUUUGUUUCAGAAUUUGGCAAAAAUCAAAGUUGGACAAAAAUUAGAACUUAUUGAUCCACUUGCUCAACAAUUUCAAGAUUUAAAAGUUGCCAGUGUUCUUAAAGUCUUAAAUUCUGUAAGUGAUAUCAAUUUGACUCUUUUUCAAUAAUAUAUUUUUUGCAGGAAGGAUAUGUUGUUAUUGGAAUGGAUGGACCGGAUGCUGAAGAGGAUAGUGUCCCACUUUAUGUUUCAUCUCCAUUUAUUUUCCCAGUUGGAUAUGCCAAACAAUAUGGAUUAAAAUUAGUUACUCCUCCAGGAUAUGAUGAUGAUACAUUCAAUUGGGAAAGUUAUAUGAAAACUACUAAAUCUGAACCUUUACCUGUUGAAUUGUUCAAACCAAUGCCAAGUCAAGAACGAUUGAAUUCAUUCAAGGUUGUGAAAAACAAAACUGUUUUAAUAAUUAGUAAUUUAAUUUUGUAGGUUGGAUCAAAAUUAGAAGCAGCUGAUAUGUGCGAAAAUCAACUUGUUUGUCCAGCUUCUAUUAAAGAAAUCAAAGGACGUAUUCUAAAUGUUAAUUUCGAUGGAUGGGAUUCUGAAUUUGAUGAACUUUAUGAUAUUGAGUAAGUUCUUCAUAUCUAAAAGUUCAUUUAUUUUAUUAUUUUUUAGUUCACAUGAUAUAUUCCCAACUGGAUGGUGUGAAAUUCACGGGUAUAUUCUCCAACACCCAAAAGAGGACUAAAGUUUUAAUUAUCUGUCAAUUUAAAUUGUUAUCAUUUUACUCUUAUCUUCAUUGGUCUCAUAUACUGUUUUACUUUGUUAUUUUUUUUCGAUUUACAAAAGCAGGUUAUAUUUCCUGAUUCUAUAUAUUUUAUUUAAAAAAUAUUUUUCCUUAUAGCAAGAUUUUCAGACUGGAAGAAUUCUCUCAAAAAAUGGCUUCUGAAGAUAAAUUCGAAUCGGUAUUAUCAACAAGAUACUGUAAAACAAGUCCGCUUAUUCGAAUUUUGAGUGAAACAAAUAAGGUAAACUAAAUAAUAAAUAAAUAAUUUUCUGAAAAUGUUUCAGGCGACUUUAUGGAGACAAUUGUGGAUUUGGUUGGCUGAAUCUGAAAAAGAAUUGGGAUUGAAACAAGUAACACAAGAAGCAAUCGAUGAAAUGAAGAAAAAUCGAGAUGUUUUUGAAUGGGAAUUUAUUCGAUCCGAAGAACGAAAAUUGAAACAUGAUGUUAUGGCACAUAAUCAUGCAUUUGGAAAAGGUUGGUUCACAUAUUUUCUAAAGUAAAACAAGUUUAUCUCUUACUCAGCAAUUGGUGGAGUAUUUACAGUGUAACUUGAAGCAAUUUGUAAUUACAUUGAUGUUUGAUGACACGGAUGCAUCUGAAAAAGUGUAAUUAAAUUGUAUAUACAAUAUAAUUACACUUUUGCAAAAACGUGCUCAACCCUCAAAAAUUGGCAGUUAUGUAAUUACACCGAACAUUGUGUGUAGGUUCACUGUAAAAAAGGGGGAACGAGCGUAUGCUUCCAGUAUAAUUACUCCACCGAUUUCUGAGUAGUUUAUUUCCGUUUGAAAUAAUUCAAGUUUUUUUUUGAGAAGUGAAAAAUAAAUAUCCACUCGGAAAUUCUCGUUUUUCGUAUUUUUUAUUCAAUUUUUCUCACAUUUAAAUGAUUUUUAGCUCUGCCCAAUUGCUGCUGGAAUUAUUCAUCUUGGAGCAACUUCUUGUUUUGUUCAAGAUAAUGCCGAUUUAAUUGCUUAUCGUGAUUCAAUCGAUCAUAUUCUCAAAAGAUUUGCAACUGUUAUUGAAAGACUUUCUACAUUUUCUCUCAAUAACAAGGAUGUACGUUUUAGUUUUUCUCAAAUUCUACUUAAAUGAGUUUUAUUAUUUUUAAGGUUGUUACUGUUGGAAGAACUCAUUAUCAAACAGCUUCGCUUGUUACAAUUGGAAAACGUGGAGUUCUUUGGGCUCAAGAACUUUUGAUGGCUUUCCAAUCUUUGGCCGAAUUCCGUGAUAAAAUGCGAUUCCGUGGAAUUAAAGGAGCGACUGGAACACAAGACUCAUUUUUGACACUUUUCGGAAAUGACGAAUCCAAAGUUGAAGAAUUGGAUGAAUUGGUGACUAGAAAAGCUGGAUUUUCACAAAGAUUUGUUAUAACUGGUCAAACAUAUUCUCGUCAACAAGAUGCUCAAUUAAUAUUUUCAUUAUCUUUAUUGGGAGCGGCUGCCAAAAAAGUUUGCACAGAUAUUCGAGUUUUGCAAGCAUUUGGUGAAUUAUUGGAACCUUUUGAAAAAGAUCAAAUUGGUUCAUCAGCAAUGCCUUAUAAAAAGAAUCCAAUGAAAAGUGAAAGAUGUUGUUCACUUGCUAGAAAACUCAUCAAUUCACCACAAGAAGCAUUGACAAUAUUAGCUGAUCAAGGAUUGGAAAGAACAUUAGAUGAUUCGGCUGGAAGACGAAUUCUAAUUCCGGAUUGUCUUUUGACUGCUGAAGCAUUGUUAACAACACUUCAAAAUAUUUUCGAAGGUUUGACUGUUCAAACAGAAAAUGUUCGAAAAAUAGUUGAUGAUGAAAUUGCAUUCCUUGGUUUGGAAAAAGCAAUGAUGAUGUUGACUGAAGAUGGAGUUGAUAGACAAAAAGCACAUCAUGUUAUUAGAGAAGCUGCGUUAUCAGCUAAAGCAUUGAAAGAUUCAACUGGAGCUCGAAUUGAUAUUCGACAAACAAUGGCUGAUCCAUUCUUUGAUUCGGUUUGUUGUUUAUUUUCUGUGGGAGUUUUUGAAUCAGACCAAAAUCUGAAUAAGAUGAAAAAGUAAACCUGCUUUACUUCUUUAAAAAAAAGUCAUAGUCAGAUACACAAAAGUUAUAGCAUUAAAAAUAAUUCUGAAAUUCUUUCUCGAAAAUCCUUUCGGAAAUAUAAAAUAUUUUGAUACAACAAAAAACAAAUGGAAGAACUUUUGAACUUAUGAACAUUCAGUGCACAUUGGGUUUCUCAAAGUGAUUCAGAAACACAACAUUUCUGUCGUUUUCUAAGGCGGUCCUAAUUUUCUAAACAUCAAAGCUUUCCAAUUUUACAAGUUCUCGGUCUCAAUUCUAAAUCUACUAAUUUUGUGUAAAUUAAAACUAAAUCUUAUUUUUCCAGGUUCGUGAUCGAGUUGUUUCACUCGUCGAGAAUCCAAUCAAUUUCACUGGUCGAUGUUCAUCACAAACUGUCAAUUUUGUGAAUAAUGAAAUACUUCCAACAAUCGGCAAAUAUUUGGAUAAAUCUGCUGCCAAAGUUCAAUUGGAUGUUUAG